UUCCCCAUAUCUUUCUUUAUCCUCAUCCAUUACCCUUACUCCUUCAUUUUCAAACACAAAAACAAAAUUAGCUACCUUACUCCUUUCUCCCUCACUCAUGGCUGACCCACGAACACAACCAUCAACCGGCAGCCCAGCCACGAGCUCCACCACCAACAGCAACCACUUCUCCUCCUUCCUUUAUUGUUGUUCAUCAAGAUUGAAAGUUGAAGGGUCCUUCGAUGGUGAUUGAGGGCCUAUCUCUCACAGGAGAUAGAUCCACUUUCAGGUUGCCAUCUUUAGUGCAAAUGGAUGUGCUGCUCAUUUAUGUGUCAUGUGUUGCAAUAGCGAGGACAUCGUUUUCGGAAGGUUAACUUAUAAUGACAUUUUGACAAAUCAUGUCUUAUUAAAUAAAAAAUAGAUAUUUUAUAAUGUAUUAACUUAAUUUAUAACUGGGUUGUAAGUAAUUGUAUUACAGUUUUGUAAAGUUUUUAAAUACUCUGAUAUUGGUUGCUGUGGCUAUCGAGCCACAGGUCGGAUUCAGCCCAGACUUCUAUAAGUCUUCCGCUGUGCUUUGUCGACAAUAUUAUUAUUAUAUUGUUUACGCCGGUUUGGGCUGUUUCACAUACAACUAUUGUUUCUGUAAUUGCAUAGAGUAUAGACUUCCAUUCAUAAAUUUGUAUUGGGUCUUUUAGUUCUUUUUACUCUGCAGGAUUGUAUUGAAUUUGGGUGUCAAGAUAAUCUGCAAAAUUGUAUUGAUUUUGGGUUUCAAGAAUAGGGUUUUAGAGGUUAUUGUUGGUGCUGUUAGUUUGGUUGUUGUGUGUGUGUGUUUGAUUGGGGUGGAUAGAAAUAGCGGAUGUCCGACCAUUGCAGCAAAAGCCUGAGAAUUCUACCGAUGCUAGGGCUGAAUUUUGAGCUUGGACUAGAGCAGUUUAUGUGUGGUCAUUCGGAUGAUUGUAUGUCGUUCACCUUGUGUAGUUCAGCUCGUAAUAUGGAGGACGAAGAUGAUGAGGGUAAUCAGCUUAUGCGUAGGAGGCGAAGGUCUGAUCUCGAAGGGGAUGAUCUGGCUGAGUCUUCUGCUGCUAGGAGACAAUCGAGGAUUUUAAGUCGUUGGGCAGCUAAACAAGCCCAAGAAAUGAUUACCACCAUGGAGAGGAGAAACCGGGAGUCUGAAUUGAUGGCUCUUGCAGGUUUACAUUCUGUUUCCAUGCUUGAUUAUUAUUUUCUUAGGGAAUCUCAGUCCCCUUCUUUGCGGAGGCAAGAGACUGUCGAAAGGCCAAGCUCUAGGGCUUCUUCUAUUUUCCAAAUGUGGAGAGAAUUGGAGGAUGAACAUGCGUUAAACCGUGCUAGAGAGCGGGUUAGGGAAAGACUGAGGCAUGAGAGGAGUGUUGAUAGCAAUACUGAUGUCUCAACAAUGGCUUAUCAGGAACAUACCAGAAGAACUUAGCAACAUUAUUGAAAUUCAAGUCUUGUUGGAUUUAAGCAGCAACAAUAUUUCUAGUCCAAUCCCACAAGAUCUUGUCAAACUGAUAAACUUGGAAACCCUCAAUCUUUCACAUAACCAUCUCUCGGGGAAGGUCCCAUCGUCAUUCUCAAAUAUGGUAUUUGACGCAAAUAAAAAAAAAGUAAAUGGUAUAUGGUGAAUUAUUAAUUUACCACAAACGGCGCACUGACGGCAGUGGUCAUUAAUGGUAUUCUGUGCUAACGGACGUAAACUCAAUGGUAUAUGGUGGAUUAAAACAUUUCAUGUGGUAUAUGGUGAAUUUCGAAGAAACUCAAUGGUAUAUCAUGAAAUAUCUGUAAAUAAUACUAUAAUAUAUAUUGUGAAAAAAAUAAAAUGAUUAAAGUAGAACAAGUGUUCAUUAUUGUUCAUUA